AUUUACUCCUAAUCUUUUGUUAUUUAAAAUAUGUUAACUUUUUAUAACGGAAAAUGUGUUGAACUAUUAUUUUUCCUUUUGUGUUUUUUCUUAGAAAGUUAUUUUAUCGACAUAGACGUAAAAUUUAUAAUUAAGAUAAGAUGAGUUAGAUCACCUGUUGUCUUACAUUCUAUGGAAGAAGCUUUAUUUAACGUUACAGCUUCAACAUAUCCAAAGACUUUUGGCGACCUAAAAAAUGAUGAGAUUUAUGCAAGUAUAUAUGGCUCUACAAAUUAUAUGAAUUUUAAAAAUGAUGAUGAUUCCAUAACAACUUAUGAUUCUGGAGAUAAUUUUACUAUUGAUGGAGAAUGUGAUUUCAUGGAAGAAAAAGAAGUGUUGGAACCUGUUGAUCGGUCAAGUAAGUUGGAAUUUGAUUUGAAUGAUAAAGAAUACUCAGAAUGGAUAUUUGAUGAACAAGUUCAAGAUGAAGAUGUUUUGCUUGAUUUAACAAGUGAACAGGCCUUAGCCACUUUGAGAUACUUUACAUCCACAUCAGAUCGAACAAACAUGAUGACAAAAACACAUUGCAAUGAUUUAGAAAUGAUAUCUAGUCUACUAAAUGAUAGAGAGAAAGAUUUAGAGUUAGCAGCAAAGAUAGGCCAGUCACUGCUUCAGCGUAACAAAAAGUUAAUGACAAAAAUAGAAAAGAUAGAGGAAUAUUUGUCACAAACCAAAGAAAAGGAAUUGCAGCUAAAACAUGAUUUGGAUAUUAAAACAGAACUUGUCAAGUUAUAUUAUGAAGAUGAUGAAAGGAUCAGUUUGGAUUCAAGUGAAUCAAGAGACGAUGGAUGUCAAGAUGAAGACAUGAUAAUGCUUGAAAAAAGGUGCAGAAGUUUAGAACGAAACAAUCAGCAAUUAUUUAAUGAUGCCAUGAAUUUAAGAAUUCUAACGAGCGAAGCUGAGCAGCAAGAAGAAUCAUUGGUUUUUGACUGCAUUGAACAACUAUCCCAAGCAAAACAGCAGAUUUCAAAUCUAACAGAUGAAAUUGCAGAGAAGUUUGAAGAUAACAUGCAACAACAAGAAGAAAUAUCUAAUCUAAUUCAAACUGUUGUUGAACUUCAAAAGAAACAAAAACAAUUAAGUUUGGAGAAUGAAGAGCUGCAGAUUCAGCUAAUUGAAUGUAAUAUGAGCAAAGAGAAUCUCCAGCAUCAACUCGCAGAAAUGCAUAAGAAGUUUCGAGAUGCUGCUGAUAUUUUGAAGGAAAACCAAGAAGAACUUAAAGAACUUAAAACAAGACUUGAGUUUCCAUCAAACACAUCUGAGUGGCUUAGCGAUUCGUCUAAUACUUCAUUGUUGCAUGACUCAUUAGCCAAUGAAAUUGAAGAAACAGUUCGAAGAGACAUUCUUAAUAAUCAAAGCUUAAGGCAGCAAGCUACUAAAACAUUAAAGAGUGUUCGAUAUUUAAACACAAAGAGUUCUGAAGUUUUGUCUACAUCUGGUCGUUCUUCACCUUCAACAUCCAGUUACACUUCAGAUGACACUUAUCUAGAUAUAUCAUCAAAUAUAAGUUCGCUUCCUGAUGAAACUGCACGAAAAAAAUCAGUUAAAAGGUUACAAAUCGUAAAGCCUAUGGAAGGUUCAGAUACAUUAAACAAAUGGCAUCAUUUAGCAUCAAAAAAUGUUAAUGGCGGUAUAAACAGUAUUUCUGAACCUAGUAAAGAGAAUAUAAGUAUCAUAUCAGAAGACAAAGUAAUUUUAAAUAACACUCCUAUCCCACCUCCAAGAAAAAAACCUGAUAAUCUUGUUAUACCAGAACAAAAACAUGAACAAAGUUUUACACCUUCCUCUACAGAAAAUUCAAAUGUUUUUUUUGGUGAUCUUGAUCAGACACAUAAUAAACGAACAAUAAUUACACGAACAUCGAAUGCUCUUACUUCUUUGCGUCAAGGAAGAAUGUUGCUAAAAGAUGAAACAAAUUCUGACAAAUCCAAAUCAGAAGUUAUUGGUAUGAUAGCAAACGCAAUAAGCAAAGUUAAUGUUGAAGCAAAAACAGGACGGCGCAUUUUGCAAUCUAUUUCGGAGUCACCUAAAUCUCAAGUUGUUUCACCUCGAUCUGAUUAUAAGGAUAUGCCAAACGUUUCACGUGCCUUAACAAAAGCCGCAGAAAGAAGAAUUUCUGAAUCGCGUACUUCAGAGUUGAUUAUGGAGGAAACAAAAUCUUUGAAUAAUUCUAUAGGUUUAGAUAACGUUGGUGGUCCUUUAGGUUUAAUUAAUCGUACGGAUCCGACAGAUUUACCUGCUUAUAGUCAUAGAUUGCUUCGCUUUUCUCGUUCUACGCCGGCAUUUGAGCAAACUAAUCAGAACUCUAUGAGUGAUGUAGACCCCAGUUUAUCUCACGAACUAGACGAUGCAGCCGAAGUACAAUCAAAGAAUAAUACACUAAAUAACAUUAACCGAGGUAACCACGGUAAUCUUGCAAGUUUACUUGUAAAUUUAAAACUGCGAUCUCAACCGAAUCCUUUUGGAUUAGAAAGUGCUCUAAAUCUUGCAAAUAUUCAAAAUCCAAAUAAUGAUGCUAAAACAAGUUCUAAUACAUUGACAAAAGAUAAGAUUUCUUCUAAUAAUCAUACUGCAUCUGAACCAUUGUCUCAAUCAGAAACUGUUCAAAGUUCAGGAUUGUCGAUUGGUUUUAUGUCAUGGUUUACUUAAUAUUCUCAUGUUUUUUUAUCUAGUUAUGUAAACAUCGACUUUAUUUCUUUUUUUUUUCGGAAAGAAAUGUUUUAAUUUUUUAA